UAUGAUGAAAAUAAUCAGAUUUUCACAACAGAAAGUAGCAGUUGAAAAGUAAUCAGAAAAAAUUGAAUUCAAACUGGAAUAAAUCGACAACAUAGCAAACUCUAUUCAGAAAGUUGCUUUUGGAGCUAAACGUACAGUGAUGGCAGAAUCUACGCAUCUCGCAUGCGAUAAAUGCGGUUUGGUGAUUACAUCACACGGCAAACAAUAUGGAGGCGAUAAAAAGGUUCCCGAAUCAAUCUACAUAACCAAAUGCCAGCAUCUUUACCAUAAGAGCUGCAUCAUGAAAGCGAUCAAAGACUCCGAACUCCGAGAUCCUGCCGGCGUGCAGUUGACUCGGUGUACACAUAUCGGUUGUGAACGAGACGUGAAGGAGAACAUCUGCUACAAGGUAGAGGUAACUCGUAUUCAGAUCUCAACACCUGAACCUACGGGAGCCGCAACCGGCGAGUUGCAAGCUCUACGUAGGGAAAUCGCUCAGCUGCAUACCGACAAAGAACUACAACAAGAUUUGUCCGAAGACAUGUACAAGAAAAUGUCAGAUUUCGAGGUACAAUUAACUGAUGCGAAUAAUAUGAUCGCGAGUUUAAAAGCUCAAUUGGAAACUACCACGGCGAAAUACGAGGCACUUCGUAAAGCCAAAAUGUCAUCGCUAUUCCCGAGCUCCACAGCGAUAGCCAGUCACUUGAACCAGCAAUCUGCAACCAGCUCGAAUGCGACGACGCCAGCUUCGCUGCCGGCGGUUACGGCCACCUUACCGACGAAUACGACGCCGAUUUCGACGAACACGGCAUCCACCACGGCGACAAACGAACCCUGCCAGGGGUUUGUACCGUCACCGUUUCCGCCACCACCUCCGGUCAACAACGGCUCACCAGAGGUCACGCCGAAAAUUCCGAAGCCGUCAAAAAACGCGGAAAGAGGUAUCCCCGCGCCCACGCCGGUGGACGCAGGGAUACCUCAAACAAACGCCGCUACCGCGAGCAACCUUACGCAAGGCCUCCACCGCCCGCCGCCCGGUUUCCCGACCAUAACAGGCGCCGCAGCGAACGCCGCGACGAACGCUACGACGAACGCCGCGAUGACCGCUACGACGAACGCUACGACAACCGGUACUACGAUGAAUACGAGCACCAUCACGACGAACGCCGCCACGACAACCGCCACACGGACACUCGCUCACGUCGAGGACGCGGCCGACGGGGCGCUCAUUAGUUUCAAAAUCCCGUUCGUGCAACCGGGUACAGCGCCGACUGUACCGGAUGCAAGUUUCCACUCGCCGAUUUCAUCUUACUGGGAUUUCCCGCAAAAGAAGGAAACAGACUACUGGGGAAGACCACUCGCUCAAAGUGGCGAGCAGUCGAACUCUAGCGCGCCUGAUACCGCCAACACGCAGAAUUCCGUUGAUCCGAACGCGAAUUUGAACGUACCGAAUCAAGCCGAACGCGCUCAACCAACGGCGAACCAGUCUCCGGCGGUUGUACCAAAGAAGAAAAAGCGGGCAAAACCGGGAAAACAGUCCAAUACGAAAGCAAAUCGAGACACCUUCGAUUCACGAUACCCGGAGGUAACGCACGAAGUGUUAGCGCCAUUCUACCCAACGAAUGCCUACCCGCAACACUUUUCGGUCUGCGGUUUGAAAAUCGGCGAAGCAAAACCCGUUAUGGCGCUGUUCGCAUACAAAUAUUGGAUUGUAGGCGACAUCCAUGCCCAUGGUAUCAUGCAUGCGAUUACGGAAGGCAAACCAUAUCAUGACAACAUAGAUAAACGCAUGUAUAAGCGCGACAUGAAAAUUUCGGAAUUAAUUGAAUUAAUCGUCGAAUUAAAACAAAUUCCGAAAAAUCUCAUGAUAUCUAUUGGCACGUUCGAUAUCUUCUCAUUUACGCCACCGAAUACCUUCGACUUAAAUUUCCGGAAACUCAUCGAAGUUUUAGGAGAUAAAAAAGUCGAACAGGUAAUCAUGUUGCCUCCGAACGCAAGCGGCCGACUGCACAACAACACGUUCCGGCAAAUUACACAAACAUUCUCGUACAAUUGGGGAACUGGAAAAUUCCAGUAUAUGGUUGCGAGCCACUUACUCAACGACUUGAACCUGGAAUUGGCAUCAGUGGACGAGCUUGGCCCGAAAUAUACGAAAGCUACAUACCAAAAAGUAGCAAACUGUAUCGCAGCCGUAUUUAUUCCGGAACCAAUCAUCGAAAAAAGCGAUUCAACCGUCGAGUUGAAUAACGCUAAUAGCGCCGCAUCAUCACCUGCAACGCCCCCAACAUCAAAAGCGAAGCUUGAUACGAACGUCGAUUCGCAACAAACUUCCGCACCAGUGAUGCCGCAGUUCAAUCUGCCAAAAUCGUCGUUCCAGCAAAGCCCGAAUGACAUCGUAACCGAUACCCUGUCACCAUCCUACGUAAACCCGCAGUUGCAGCAGGCAACAGCGAAUUACCUGGGAAAUAAAGCAGUGGGCACGCCGCCAUACCCCAAAGUGAGUACAGCGACACCUGGAUGUCAUCCGCUAGAUCCGCGCAACCAAAAGGCGAAAUCAACAACUUCAACGAAAGUUGAGAUUUCACCAUACAGUGGCUUGCACCUAACAAAUGUAGGUUUUUCUGACGACGAACAGAAACCGCUUACCGACAAAGAGGUGAUCGAACGCGCCAAAGUCCUCACUAAAAUUCAAGCCGACGUAAAAGCUAGUAAAGCGAAAGAGCAGGAGCGACUAGCCGCAGAUGCCAAAUCGCGCGAAUCGCUGAAGGAAAAGAUGGAGUGGAAAAAAGAGGCCGACAAUGCGCAAGCUGGCAUCUCCUCGUCGAAGGAGAAACCAGCCCGCAAUGUUUCUGAACAAUCCGGGAACUCGUCGGAAGAUUCAAGAAACAAGUCUAAGCAAAGCUCGUCUAAAACUCCAUCCCGCGCAACCUCCAAAGCAAGAGAACGCUCCCGCUCAGAGCACCGAUCGUCGAAUAAAUCAAAAGAUCGCAAGGUAAAAUCGGGAGAUGAGUCGUCCGUACUCAACACCGGUCUUAAACCUAACCCGACUAUCGAUAACGACAAAUACAUUGGGUUCAUGGUAAAAACUCCACCAUCGGGUAAACCUCCUACCGAAACGGAGCGACGAAUGUACGAGAUAUUCGGCAAUACCGAGGGUGUACCUGAACCUACCGACUCAACGACCUCUGCUUCUGCAUCGGAAAGCGACACAACGAAAGUCGUUAAGUCAAAACCGCGCAAGUCACGCAGCUCGAUAAAAACUAAGCUCUCGCCACCGCAAACGUUACUGACGUACAUUCCGAGACAGCAACGUGCAAAGCAGUUGCGGGUAAACGCAGCGCUUAAGCGCGACUUAGUCCUCAAAAAGGUAUUCGGUAAACAGUCGCAACCGAAGGUGCAAACUGAAGCUGAACAUCCUGCAACGGAAGGAACAGUCGGCACUCAGCCAAAGGUACUCGUGCCGAAGCUUGAUUUAACAGAAUCAACGCCGCAUGAGAAACCAGUGAAAACGGUCGACUUAACCGAAUCAGCGGAACUUGAUAAACCGCUCAAAACUAUCGAUCUCACCAAGACGGUAGAUCCUUCCGCCGAGGAGGAACUACCUCGAGGAGCGCAGUCAAUCGAACAGCGCACUCUAACAAAGGUUGAUACAGCGGUACAGGAUACGACUUUAACUCUACAUUCCGUCGAAAAUGAUGAGUUUACUACCAUCCGACAAGUAGUAACCACCGUAGUUACUACUGAAGCGAUUGAAACUACCGAGCCGGCUCAUCUCGUUGGUACUUAUGAUCUGACUAAUGAGAGUCCUCGCAACGACGAAGAAUCUCAACAGCCAGUAUCACCACGCACCGAAGCAGCGCUCCUCGACGAAGGAGUACAGCAAACGGGUGUACCGGCAAUUGAACCUUCAAACGACGAUGAAGGUGAAGACGACGAGGAGGAUGAAGACGACGAAGAUCUUUAAACCAACUCGCGUUUUCUUUGCAAAUAGUUAAUAAUUUUUUUAUCAUUAUCAUUUCUCGUUCUCUUAUAUUUGCCAAAAUGCAGUGUUGUAGUAGUAAUAAGCAGUUUUGUACAAUUUUGAUAUCAGAAUACAAGAUUUUGAAUCAAUGUAUCUCAUUUACUUUGUCGAUAUUAUUUUGAUUACAGCAAUAAUGAAUAUUCAAGAACGCUGGUGUGCCUUCAACGAGAUUUAUUAUAUAUUGCGCUUUGUCGACAGAUUGGUGCACGCAUUCACAGUAACGUAUGCCUUAUCUGAAAAAACUGCGCACAUAAGCAUUAGAUGUCAUAAUCAAGAUGACUGCUUCUAUGUAUCGACAACAACUCGUUCAAUUGAACUCG